GAGAUCCAAGGAAUUCAACAGCAGGAGGUGACGUCAGAAUCCCGCAUUUUGCGGUGUUGUUGCUUUCAAAAACAUUUGAUAUGGAGUAGAACAAUUAAACCUGUUCCGAACUUUUGUUUUCGCAUUUUCGGGGACUUUUUAUUUCGCAAAAUACUUUUGUUUUAACUUCACGAGAGAGACAUUGAGCAGUGAUAGCAUGGCAAAUACGUUGUUUUGUUUUUCUUGAGUAUAUACGGAAUUUCUCCUCGCAAACAACAGGGGAAGUGCCCCCUGUCCUUUGUCUGRCACGGGUGUUUUUAAAGUAUUCGACAUGGACAUUUACGGAUACAAUGGUGUUUUCUUGGUCAAAAGARUAUUUAAUAAUGCAGRUUUUGAGAUUUCGAACAUGUCAGACAUUACGAAGGRGAAUCCUCAGGGAUGCGAUAACGGGGCUUUGACAAACAGAUUCGGAGUCUUGAUUCAAGGGUUGCUGGCCAUAGUUGCCUUCAGCACAUUGAUGGUGAAGAGGUUCCGUGAGCCCGUAGGGAUCAGAAGACCAUGGAGGAUCUGGUUUUACGACACGUCCAAGCAGGCCAUUGGCGCUCUCUUCAUCCACUUCGCCAAUGUGUUCCUCUCCAACCUCACAGAAAUGGACCCUUGUUCCCUGUAUCUGAUGAACUUCUUGCUCGAUGCCACACUAGGCAUGCUGGUCAUCUGGGCGGGGGUCAAGGUUGUCUCCAGGAUCGUGGAGUACAAGCAGUUCACACUGCUCACCUUUGGAGAAUACGGUGACCCUCCCCAGGCUGCAGCAUGGCUCGGUCAGUGUGGUGUCUACCUUCUCAUCAUGGUCCUGGAGAAGAGUGUAGUCAGCUUGGUGCUGCUCAUUCCUGGAUGGACCAACCUGCAGUCUGUGUUGCUGGACUACAUACCUAACCCUCAGGUGGAGCUUGUGUUGGUCAUGCUCAUCGUGCCCUUCAUUGUCAACUCCAUCAUGUUCUGGGUGGUGGACAGUCUGAUGAUGAGGAAGUACAAGACUCUGAAGAGCCUGGUAGACUCCUGCGACUCCUCGACCAAGGUCGCCUCCACGGCGCCAUGGGUUACCGGCGACGAGUCACGGGUCCUGUUGACAGUCGAGACAGACACUGAGGAGGAUUGUUCAACAAUGGUCCGAGGAGGGUCCCACUCUAGCCUUCCAGUGGUGGGCAUAAUACCUAGCUGGGUGGAGGUGUAGCUCUGGUAUCCUUCUCUWCAAGACCCUGACACACACGCUGACCCGCGCCACGCACAAACACGAGCACGGCUGUGUGAAUGUACGCUCCUUCCAGAUCACACAGAUGAGCUUUUUUUCAUUGUACACAUCCCAAUGAUGUCUUUGAUGACUUGGCUGUUAUGAGGAUGAAGAGAAAAAAAGUCCUUCACCCUUGCAGUCCCUGUUUACCGAAACAACAAGCUUGGUGGGGCUAUACAGUGUCUCGUAAUGGAGAUAAUUAGAGAGCACAGUGUGAGCUUGAGGGAACACGACAGUGAUGAUGAAAGAGUAAAUCUGUCCUCUCUCUCUCGGGGGAUUUUGUGAAAAGGGUGUUUGUUGAUCUCCAAAGAGCUCMUUGACAGUACAAUCUGCUCUGUUUUCCUUCAUCAUACAGAUUACUGCUUAGUUCAAACCUUGACAUACAGCGUCUAAUGGUCUGUAAUUAAAUACGUUUAAAGUCUGUUUUGGACCUGUAGAAUCCACUACUAGUGUCCUUGUCUCUUUUCCUCCUUCGCCACUAACAGGUGGAAGGGCUGGAUAGUUUCAAUCAUUGAUUUCACCUAUCACGUCCACUCAGAUCAGUUGUCAGACUAUUGUAACUCAGCUGGAGGAGUUGGACCUUAAAGUUGGAAAUGUUUUAUCUCUGAGUUGGACUGUAGUAGUCUGGUCUGGAACAGUUCUUCACACUAUCUCCAGAAGAUGUUUAACAAGGCGGAAAAUGGUAUUCUAUGUGGAAAAUGGACCACAUCAUUUUAUAUACCUCAUGGAUGUCCAUUUGGGAUUGAUUUGGACUUAUACAAAUAUUUGCAAUGUUUCUACUAUGAACUAAAGAGCUUAGUGCUAUGGAGUGAUUUUGAACAUUCUAAUGUAUUUUCUUAUUUUUGUUGUUGUCUAUUUUACUGUAUUCAUAUUACUUGGGGUUAAACCUGUGGUAAUGACAUGUAAUGACAUGUAAUUUCCAAGUGGUAUCACAGAAAUGAUCACGGUCAAUUCAGAGAUUACCUGAGAUACCAAAACAGUGUUCAGUUGACCAUUGUAUGUUCAUUCUUAUAGAUCACAUUCCUCAAUCAUUGAGCUGUUAACUCUAACAUGAAAAUACACUACUGCCAUUUUUGCAUUAAUUGAAUUAUGUUCCUGGAACCAUUUAAUGUCUUAGUGAUGUGAAAGAUUCUGGUUGUGAGACUGUCAUUUCACGUGACCUCAAAUGUGUAGAACAGCUACGGUGAGGACCUGCACCACUACACUUAUGCUAAUUAUUCACUGUAAAAAAAAAUGCUCUGUCUAUAAUAUAUAUUGUAUUUAGUGUUACUCCAAUCCAUCAUGUAUGUGUUUUGUGGAAACAGAAUUUUGAAUUGUGACUGAAUGUUUAAUGGAUAUCRACUUGAAAGUGCCAUGUUGCUAUAAUAUAUUCAUGAUUCAUUUAUGAUACAACAAGAAAAAGGUCUUUGUCUUUUGUCUUAACUGUUGUUACUAUUGUUUGUAUUAUAAUUUCAAUUCAAGUAAAAUUGUAUAAUAAAAAAAAACACGAGUGUUGAAUACAUUUGGUGGCUCGGGUCAACCCGGUGACCCCUGGGCUCGAUGACAGACACCUGAGCGGGACGCAGAGUAGUACACCUGUGUGUGGGGGGCCAACAGGCCUUUGACACCAAACUGAUGACAGGAGGGGUGAGGAGGGCGGUUAGAGGGGGAGCUAGUCAUUGGCACAGGGACUAGUAGAGGAGAGAGUUAGUUAGGGGGGUGUCUGGUGUGACCAGGUGUGAUCCUAAGCAGAGUGUCGCCACUUGAGCUUGACCAGGUUUACUUGUUUGCUCUCCCAGUGAGCACCUAAACCUAGCAUGCAAAGAGCCUGCCUUCCUGCAAUGACUAAGGCCUGGGUUCAGUCCCAAUACGAGUUGUAGACAAUGGGGCUGUUAAACGCAAUUCCUGAUUGAGCAGCGUUUACCGUGAAUAUGAGCUCUAAGAACAUGAGGACAUUGCCUUUAAAGACCUGAUGGGAUUAACUCAGCAGGAUGGAGCACAGUACUAGUUUUGGGUGUGAUUCCUGCUUGGGCCACAUACAGCACAUACUUAUACUAAAUGUUUGUGUUAACUGUUAGUUACUUUCAUAGAACUGUUUACUUUGUAAUGUUAGUAUUAUGUUUCAAGUGUUCUCACAAUCUAGAGCUGUUCAGAAAAAAGUUGAUCUUUACAAAUAAAUAUUGUUUUUAUGUUUUACUUCCUUUACACACAAAAAGUUCAUCCGGUUCAAUAAAGGUUAUAUUUACAAGUACAAAAUUACAGUAUAAAACGAUACACGUCAAACAAUGUCCUUAUUACAUUUAUAUUAAAAAUAGUAAAAAAAUAUAUUCAAGAAUAUUGAUGGUUGGUUAUUCAGUGCAGAUGCUCCUGAGGAAAAAACAACAGGAAGUAGGCAACAGGAAUUGGAUUGAAAGACAUGGUUGGA